CCGAAUGAUUGAAGUUUAGUUCUGACAACAAAAUAGAAAAAAUGUCGUCUCGUUUGGAAAAACAUCGAUUUCUCUAAUUUUGGGACAUUUAUUUAUUUUAUUCAGUUCUCACUUAUUUUUACACUUUUAUUUCGGUUUAUUAAUAUCAAGUGACAUAAAAUUAGUGAUCAGUUGUAAACGGUAUUCGUCCCAAUCGUUUUUAGGGCAGUGAUUUAUAGUCGUUUACUUUCGGAUCCGUUUUUCUUUUACAAACAAAAACAUUUUACCGUAGCCAGCGAUUAAUAUUUGCUUUUGAUCGUAUUGUGUUCUAGUGUGUCGUGCAAGUUUACGUUGUGAAGAAAUCUCCACUAUUCCAAAUAACUUUGGACGCCAUGUUGAUGUUUUGAUUGUAAUCGUGGGGUGUCGUGAUAUGGGUUAUUGUUUCCGUGGCUGAUCUUGCAGUGUGAGCAUGUUGGAGGAUGUCCCUGUGCACGGCUGCAGGGGUGAAGGUGGAGGCAGAAGCGCCAAAGUGGCCACCCACUCGAGAAAUCUCAGCCUUGACUUCAGGCAUGUGAGCGGCGGCAGCGGGACGGGCGCGGCGGCGUGCGGGCACCAGCGGAACCGCUCGCUGGACUCCGUGCUGCAGCGGAUCCCCGAGGACAUGACGCCCACGUCGCCGGAGACGCGGGGGGGCGCGGGGGGGCUGCACGCGCCCGCCGGCUCCGACGACUCCGGCAUCCACACGCCGCCCGACGCGCCGCCGCCCGCGCCCCCCGCCCCCGCGCCCGCGCGCUCCCGCGAGUCCCUCGACUCCGGCAACCCCGAGGACGCCGACAAGCCGCCCGACCCGCCCGACCUCUCCGAGACACACACGCACAUGUACGUCGUCGACACGGCCCGCAACAAGGACUUCCUGCUGCGCCUCUUCGAGAGCAAGCUCUUCGACAUGAGCAUGGCCAUCUCGUACCUGUUCAACUCGAAGGAGCCGGGCGUGCAGACCUACCUCGCCAACAAGCUGUUCUCGUUCCCACACGAAGACGUCGACUUCUAUUUACCGCAGCUCGCUACUAUGUACAUUGAGAUGGGGGAUGUAGCUGACGUGUUAAAACCCUACAUGGUGCACAGAUGUAAACAGAGCGCGGAGUUUUCUCUGCGUCUGGCGUGGCUGUUAGCCGCAUUCGGGGGUGAAACAAAGCGAUCGCGGGCGACUAAACUCCGGGAUUCCAUAAUGGCGGAGGAGAUCCGUCCGGCGGCGCGGCGCACGCACCACCGCGCGCAGUCGGACGCGUCGGCGCUGCGGCUGGCGGCGCCCUCGGCCCGGCACCUGGGAGACUUGGCCUCGGGGCGGGCCUUCGACAACGGCUGUCUGUGCGGCGAGCAGUGUUCCUGCGGAGCGCCGAGGCUCGCGCCGCAAGUGCAAUUCCUAACAUCGCUGACGACAAUAGGGCGUCGCUUAGCCGGCGUGGCCGACAAAGAGCGACGCAACGGCAAGCUGCGCGCGGAACUGGCGACACUGGACCUCAACCUGCCGGCGAGAGUGUGGCUGCCGCUGCACCACAGACAACACCACGUGCUGAGGAUCCCGCCGCACGCCGCCGCCGUGCUCAAUAGCAAAGACAAGGCCCCCUACAUAAUCUACGUGGAAGUCCUCGAGACGGACGGCCACGAACCCCUCCCCCCGCGUCUGUUACCCCCCGCGCCGCCCACGCCUCACUCACCCCCCAUACGACACACCAAGAGCGAAGAGAACUUGGUACCGGAAUGGCCCGUCCUGUCGCUGUAUUCCGCGCUAGAUGAUGUCGAUGCUGGGGACUGCUGGAGUCAUGAUGAUGAGGAUGGCGUGCCGUAUGUUAGUAAAGCGCCGGCGCCGGAUUGCGUUUCGCAGGUGUCAGCCCUAUCAGCCCUAUCCGCCUCAUCGUGCGGCUCGCGCGAGUCGGUGGCGGUGGGCGCGGGCGAGGUGCGGCGGCGGCUGGCGGACGCGACCGCCGCGCCGCCCGCCAACGCCUUCCGACACGACCCCGCCGACCCCUCCGCUAUUGCACUCAAGGAAUCUUGGGAGAGCAAGCUAGCCCGCAUGCGCUCCUCAUCCCCGUACGGCUCGCUAUCCGGCUGGCGCCUCCUCGGCUGCAUAGUGAAAGUCGGCGACGACUUGCGACAGGAGAUGUUAGCGGCGCAACUGCUGAGGCGACUGCAGUUGGUCUGGACGGCGGAGCGAGUGCCGCUGACGUUGCAUCCGUACGAGAUUAUUUGUCUGGAUAGGGAGUCUGGGCUUAUACAGCCGGUCCUAAACUCAGUAUCGCUGCACCAGAUCAAAAAACAAUCCGGGGCUUCACUCCGCCAGUGGCUGGAGCUGGAGCACGGGCCGCCCACCAGCGAGGGCUUCCUGCGCGCGCAGAACAACUUCGUGGAGUCCGCCGCCGCCUAUGCGCUGACGAGCUAUCUGUUGCAGUUGAAGGACAGACAUAAUGGCAACAUUCUUCUGGAUAGUGCGGGGCACAUUAUACAUAUUGACUUUGGAUUCAUUUUCUCGAUCUCUCCCAAGAAUUUGGGAUUCGAGAGUUCGCCAUUUAAGCUAACGCCGGAGUUCGUGGAAGUCAUGGAUGGCGAGAACUCGGACAUGUUCCAGUACUUCAAGAUCCUGAUCCUGCGCGGCCUCAUCGCGGCCAGGAAGCACUGCGACCAGAUCAUACACAUCGUCGAGAUGAUGCGCAUGUGUGGCCAACUAGCCUGUCUCCGCAGCAGCAGCGCAGUCUCUUCAUUCCGAGCUCGCUUCCACCUCGGCCGCACGGAGCCGCAACUCCAAGCCUUAGUGGACCGCCUCGUCCGCGACGCUCUACACUCACUGUCGACACGGCUGUAUGACAACUACCAGUACUAUACGAAUGGGAUAUUGUAGCCGGGAGGUGGGGUAGUGUGACUGAGGGAUGACUGACCCAGCGCGUGGUUGCAGUUUUAGUAGGGAUUUGAGGGUUUUGUGUUGGUCGUGAAGAAGGCAAAUACAGGCAUUCGGUGUCAAGUGACUAUAAUAACGCCAUCUUGUAGCCAGGCGGUGAACGAACCCAAAUUUUUCAUUUGAGUUAGGUACAUUGGGAUUGGCUGAAGUGUCCUUGAGACCAGAAAAUGGGGGGGAUUUGUGACGCGCGUAUAUAAUCACAUUUGAUGGUGGACUGUACUGACUAACAUCUAAAAGACUCAAAGUUAGUCCAAUUGUUGCAUAUUGACUGCCUUUAUUCGUUGGAAUUUCAUAGACGUUAUAGCGAUGCUUUGUUUUAACUGUGCUAGAUGUUGGCAUGCCAGACGAUAAAAGAUGUAAACGAUUUUGUUGCGGCUUGUCUAAAAAUGUUUGGAGCUUCGUUGACCGCAGCGGCAGCGAUGAGUUUACUGACUUUUACAAGCGACGUUACUCGAUACAAGCUUUCGUUAACUCGGUUCAUAAUUUUCGUUUAGAAAACAUGUUUCCAGUUGAGAAAUGGUUGUACUUUAAAAUAUACGGAGUAUUAAAUCGGAUUGGAAGAAAAGAAUUUGAUUCAGACUGAAUGUAGAACGAAUCUAGUGAAGCGCUCACUUUCACCUAGCUAGUAAACUAUCUAUAUUGAAAUAUUCCAUAGCUAUAUUUUUCGUUAGUUUGAUUGGAUGCUGAAGAGUGAGACUGGAUGAUUCUUCCAUUCUUGGACAUUAAUAAGUCGUGUAAUUAAAUAAAAAGUUGCAAUUUGCCUACAAGUAAUUUAUUUAGAUAGGUUCGUUGUUAAAAGGAGUCAGAUAAUAUUUUAUGAGAACAUCAGUUAGUAGUGGUGGUCACUCGGGCUAAAUUGUAAAUAUUUUAGGUGUUAAAGACUAUCAAACCUGGUUAAUUUCGCUUUUUGUAAUAUUUUGUCGAUUAUUUAAUCAAAGUGCGAAUUUCGAAUUAUUUCGCUGAGGGUCAUUGUAAAUUUAAGUAGUGCCAUAAUUCUCUCGAUCAUCCUUUGUCUUGAAUGUUGCUCAAGCAUCUUUAACAUCAAUAAUUUUAAUAUCGUCUGAUCCCGUCCAUCGUAGAUUUUGUGUAUUCCCUUAAAAUUUUACUGAAGACAUCGAUUCGGUAAUAUCAUAACGACAUUAUUUUUCUUAUGUAGAAAUGCACUAUGAUGUAAAUGAGUAAAGCCCGCUCGAAAGACUAAAUUGUAAAUAUUUACAGAUUAACUAUAAUUUUCGAAAGAGAAGACUGAUGUUCAGGCAAAAGUAAGGAUGUAAUAUUUAGAUUUCUCACCGAUUUUAAUUUAGAUUAUUAUCAUUUUCAUAAGGUGCGGUUGGUAUUCUAUCGAAGUUUUAAUAUAAUGGAAGGAUAAUUAUGUUAUUAUAUACCAUAUGUGAGGUAAAUUAAGGCUUUCAUAUAGUCGUGAUUAUGAAUGUGAACGUUGACGAAAUUGUAGCCAAAGUUUUGCGAAAUACGGCAUGUGUUAGAAUUAAAUAGUAUGGCAUUAUAAAUUGUCUGCACUGAAGAAAAUAUUUUUUGGGUAAAUAAAAUACCAUAAUUGUUGUAUUGUUAUGUCGAAUGUGCGUACCCGAUGUAAAAGGGAAGUAUGUAUAAUGCCGCGUUUGGCUUUGUUAUGUGUAUGGUUAUGCAAGAAAAAGUAUGUAGGGAUAAUGUCUCAUUCGUGGUCGUCGCUAGAUAAUUUAGUUGAGCUUCUGACCUACCCAAUCAAAGAAUAAAUGCAAGUAAAUCACCAUGCUUUUAUUUUAUGAUUGGGGGUUCAGUGUAAGCAAAAAAUGCCGAGAGGUGCGUGAAGAGCUAGUUAAUGUAUCAGCUUAUUUGCAGGGUGGAUGACUUGUAGAAACGAUAGGAUAAGCUUAAUAAUUUAAUCCCAUCAAAAAUGCGAAUGGUUCAACAGUUUACUAUGCGUUUCUACAUUCCAACUGCUACAAUAUAUCUAUAUAAAUGUGCCGGUGAAUUUAAAUACAUAUUAUAGUCAAAAUCCAGAUUUGAUUCUCUAGGUAUCCAUUAUAUUUUCAAUAAUAUUAAAACCGUGCUUUACCUAACCAAUAAUUACGGAAUAUUCUAAUGUAUCUGAGUAUGAUAAGGAUGAAACAAAUGUUGCCAAAUUAUUGACAGUGUAAUUAAUUCAAUUGAAUAAUUAGUGAUUGUUCAGACCCCAUGCACUUGCAAAAAUACCUAAAGAGUUUUGCUAAAAUUACUGUUUGUCUUACCACAAACACUAGACACACGGUACACAGAUAUUUGGCGCUAUAUAUUUUCUUGUGGUAAAGCAGAUGUGUUUGUCAACAGCGAUGUGCUGUCUAAAAUAAUUAUAUUGUUAAAUAUAUUUUGAUCUUCGUCAUAUUACAAUACUGUGGAUUCAGACGGCAUGAUAUUUAUCCGUAGAUAUAAUCAAUAUUGAAUUUGUGUAAAAGACGAUACGCAUCAUCACUUAAUAUAGCUAUCUACCUAUAAUUAAAUCUCAUCUAUAGUUUUUAUAACUAUUUUAUUGACACAAUUCUGCUAAUUUUUUGUGCGGAACUUAACUAAUUAAUUAUCCCGGCAAUGCGUUUUUGGCCUCGGAUCGCCCAGAAACUUUAGUAACUUGAUUGGUACCAACUUUACAAAACAAAAUCACUAAGCGACACGCGGUUGAGUGCCAAAUAAUUAGCAGAAGUAAUUCCGUAAUAAGUAUCGCAUUAAUAGUUUACCGAUAUAUUAAUAUUAAAUUGAUAUAAAAUCUGUUCUACCUUUUUAACAUGGAAAGGUAGUAGGUAUUUUGAUUACUUCAAUAAUUAUAAUAUGCAUAUAGAUUUUAAAUUGUUUGUAAAUAUUCAAUAUGUCUGAUUUAUUAAAUACUAUUAAUGUGGUUAUUGUAAGAACGCAUUUCAUCCAAAGUCCAAAAUUUUAAAUUAACUUUCCUCAAAAUUAAUUCAAGUUAUUUAUCAACAUGUACAGGUAAUUGUAAGUACUCUAAUGUUUAUCUUAAUUUUUUAAAAUAUAUAACAUGGAUUUUUA